GCCGCGCCGUCUCUGUCCGGCCAACGGAAUUGAUAAUUCGCAGCACGAUCCAUCGACCGAAGAGGACACCGAUCAUGUUCCUCGAUAUCGAGGGCUAAGUGGGUGACGAGACCCGCAAACUCGGUCGACGAGUACGUCACCGAGUCUUAGUGAAUUCCUCGUACACGGAUUUUGAUAUCGUGAUCGAUUGUGGAAGGAAGUGUUAGUAAGUGACUGAUCGAGAUCAGUGAGUGAAAAUCGCGUACGCAUUGAACUUGGUAGACCUAAUCGAUAUUCGGGAUACCCACAAUGUCCUACUAAGGAAACUUCGCUGACAGUGAUCUGGUUACUGUAGAUUCGCGGCAGGUGCCGUUGAAUCAUCGCUACGGUCGCAGAGUACGUCACGAUCAGAUUCGGUGUACCUAUAAAAAUGCAUACGCUGUUCGGUGAACAGAAUGCUUACUAUCGGCACGCAACGGCCGUUCCCGUUGGAAUGGGAACCCCGUCUUAUCCGGGAGUGGGUGCCGCGCCAGGAUACUACGAGCAGUAUCGCUACGGUGGCUACGCGACGGCUGCGGGCUACCCGGUAUCGGGUAUCACCCAGCAGCACAUCCACCAUCCAGGUAAGGAUAUGGUGAAACCGCCGUAUUCUUACAUCGCCCUGAUCGCGAUGGCCAUACAGCACGCGCCCGACAAGAAGAUCACCCUAAACGGCAUCUACCAGUUCAUCAUGGAACGGUUCCCUUACUACCGCGAGAACAAGCAAGGCUGGCAGAACUCGAUCAGACACAAUCUCAGUUUAAACGAGUGCUUCGUGAAAGUUCCGAGAGACGACAAGAAGCCAGGAAAAGGAAGCUACUGGUCGUUGGACCCGGACAGUUACAACAUGUUCGAUAACGGUUCUUAUCUGAGACGUCGUAGGCGCUUCAAGAAGAAGGACGCACUGAAGGAGAAAGAGGAAGCUCUGAAAAGGCAGUGCUUGGCGCCCGAGAAACGCAGCCAGGACGAGGCGAAGCCCAGCAACAUCGUGAUCCCUCCGCCGUCGGACGCUUCGAGCAAGAAGCUGAACUCGCUUGACACCGCGCUGUGCAAACCGAAGAGGGAACCGGUGAACGACGCCGGAAGUCACUGCAUGGCCGUACAGGCGAAAUACGGUCUCCACAGUCCGAUCCAGGACACGAAGACGACGGCGACGACGACGGCCGCCGUCGCUGUAGCCGGCCAGAGCGUCAUACAAACAGCCCUGGGUCACCAGGUGCACCCGACUCAUCAGGUACACCAGGACGCUAUUCAGGACGUCUCCAUGGGCCUGGACCCCACCAGCUUCAGCGUCGAUGCCCUGAUGACGACGCGGGAGAACACCGCCACUCUGAUGACCAGAGACAACCAACACCACACGCAUCACCCGCACGGUCUCCAGCAUCCUCAUCCUCACUCGCACUCGAUCAUGACGAGCAGAGAGUCGAUGGGUACCGGAGUCGUGUCCAGGGACCAUUUGUCGUCCGUUUGCACGACCACGACCACGACCACGGCCGCCGUCGCCGCUAUGAUGGCCACCUCAGGGUAUGGACACGCUAGCACCGUCUCCAGGAGCAACGGGUCGCCACCCGGAACCAUGUACGCGCCUUAUUGCGCGCCCACGGCUGGUUACAUAAUGGACCACGCCGAAUACAAUUCGAGAAAUCAUAACAACACCGCCGGACACUCGCAAUGGUACCAAGAGGCAGCCAGCCCUGACACCGCCGCCAUUUAUCAGGAUACCCAAUCGCCCAGCUGUCAACUUUAUAGAUCCAGCCCUCCCACUCCGCUGUCGACGAGUGCAGCCCCGUCUCCGCCCUUGUACCAUAGAUAUUACCAAGACUGCAACACGGUCAACACCAGUGGCAAUUUACCGAUCACGCUGCACAAAUACUGAGAAUACCGAAAUUCAAGGCCUCAUCGAGGCCUUGAAGAGCAUCACCCCGAUCACUACGACUCGAACUUGGUUUACGUGAAGCAAGAGUGGAUUCCCAGCACGGAAGAGCUCGCCAAAGAGUGGAAUUAGAUAAGUCCUAAAUUCUGAUCCAAAUGGUGAAGUAAAACGGUGAUUUCUCGAAACUGUUAACCGCGGAGGGAGUACUUAGCACGUCUUAGCGCAACAAUGAAUGUUAAAUAGGGAAAAAAUUAGCGAUACGAUGGAUUGUUCGAGUUAGCUGAUUUUUACUUUGAGCUUUUCAAUUUUGUAAACGAUCCCGUCGAUCGAGAUGUCGAAACGCGCUUGACAUUUCGAAGUCGUUAUCGCGAUUAGCGAACACGUGUCCCAACUGUUCGGACGCAAAAAAGUGGUACACGUAUGCGUGUGACCGAACGAGCCCGAGGAUUGACACAUAACCUCAAAGCCGAGAGACAAUUUCUUUUAUCUCUCCUCGGGCUAUGGAAAAAGUUCGGAGAGUAAUUGAACUCCGUUUCGAAAAACUUCUUGUAACUUUUUUCAUCGUUGUCCUCUUGAUUAUCCUUUAAAUUAAAUCUCAACAUUGUCGUUGACUUUAUUUCCCGUUGGACUGGGUAGAAGACGUAAAUUUAACCGUUGUGAAGGAAACUGAGUAUUUAUCGAAGAGUUUUACUGCCAUGCUUUCAUUUUUGUCUGAAGAACGCAGAGUAAUGUUUUCAUAAAGAGGAUAGUUGCCUUCAUGAAGGUUAGGUUUAGAUGCCUUUGGUUUCCGAAGCAUCUGAUCGCGCUUAUCACGGCUAGAAUCAUUCAUUAAUGAAUCGGAAGUGCGAGUGAAGCGGGAUCUGCCCCAAGAAAACAGUUGUGAAUAUCAAUGAUGAUCGUAGUCACCUGAGCAAACAAAGGCAAGUCUCCGUCCUGACCUACUCUAAUUUGACCGAUUCGAAAUACCUUUUCUCGCAGUGCACGUCGGCCAACGAUUGUUACAACUGUGAAAACUUGCUACACAUUAACCGGAUAAAAAUAAUAUCCUGGAAAUUGCACCGGAAUUGCUUGUACGCGUUGCUUUCGUCACGUACGCAUCAUCGGUGCUUUUAACGACGAUGAUAGCAUCCUUCGAUCGCAUUCGAGCAUAAAAAUCGGCCAUUUUGCAUCUCACCACGAUUUAUGAUCCUUCAGAGGUUGCACAAUCUGUACAUUUCUCAUUUAAAUCACGCUUUUUGUUUGUUGGAACAUUUUCAUCCAUCUUUUUGAUACUAGGCUGAUCCAUGAUGGCGGAUUGUGCUAGUUGAAAGACGUUCGUGAAAGUUUUUCCUUAGGUAAUUUAGUGGAAUGAGACGAGUACGUGAUAGAAUUGAUUGUAAAAGAAAAACAAGUGAUAUCGAGAGGGUUUCGUGUCUCGUCGUUUGUGCAUUUAUUUAUGUAAAUGUCAUUCCUUGCAACCGAUUCGUGCUUCGUAUUAAGGGUAUUGCUAUCGAUAUUAUCUGAACGAAAUAUUCAUGAAACUGUAAUAUCCAUAAGCAACGCGUAAUUUUAUCAUUCGAAAAUCUAACUUAGAUUAAGUUAGGUUAGGUCUGAAGUUUUAACAAAAAUAUACGAGUUUGAAUGAUAAAAUUAACGAUACAUCGAUAUUUUCCUACUAGAUAUUCUAGAUUUACUUGUAGGAAUAUUUCCUUUCGGAGAGAAAAGGAAAGGAUCUUCCUAGUGGUUCUCCCUCUUUAGUGUCUCUAAUACAGUCCCUAGAUAUCCUCACAUUUAGAUCCGAAAGACACUAGAAUUUCUAAAGUAUCUAUAAUGUUUAGACUUCCUAAAAUUUCUAGAGUAGCUAUCCCAAAGUCUGUGGAAGUUUUUAAAAAUACUCUCACAAUCAAAUUCCUAAGGCAGACGCCUUAUACUGAUCUACCCAGAAUUCCUACGGCGUCGAGCCCCCGGCGUAGGGAAAUAUCGAAGUUCUAACGUAUGGUUUAUAAUCGAUAGCAGCACUUACAGAUCGAAUGCACCGGAUUGGUUGAAUCGACGAGAGCUGAGAUAUAUAAUAUAUUUAUUAACGACAAGGUCAUGUGAAUAGUUGACGAUUGAAACGAAAUCGUAUAGUAGAUAGAUCCCUGCGUGUAUAUUAUUAAAGAAAGAGUAUAUAUAUAUAUAGAUAUAGAUUGUAUAGAUGAAACUAUAUAU